GGCAGUUCCCUCCGUCUUCCUUGCUCUCCGGCUCUCUCUUCUAGCAGUUUCCCCCCAUCCUGUCGCUACAUCUCAAAUGGCACAUCUGCAGUGAUUCCAUUACUUUCUCUUCCUCACUCCAGCUCACCGUGUGGACUCUCGUUUGAAUUUGUAUGGACUAUCCUCCCUUCUUCAGCAAGGCAACAGGGGCUGUCUCCAGACACCAGCGUGCUGUCUCUCCCAACUCAGGGAGCGGUGGGGGGGGCGGGGUGGCUUCUUGAAUGAGAGUCUGGACUGGCGUUUUGGCACACAGCACCUCUUGAGAAGGAGGGGACGUGCAGACGGUUUGGGGGGAGGCCGAGAGGGGCGGCAGGCAGAGGGGUUUGGAGUGGCCGAGGGGGGGGGGCAGGCUCCGGCUGGGAGAAGAAUGGCGAUGCCGGCUCCUCGUGCUCUGGUCGUGCUCUACAGGCUGCGUGUCGCUCAGGCACAGCCCUGCCUCUCCUCGACAUGAGCUUCGCAGGAAGGGUGUCCUGCUCCAUGCUCAACUGCUUUGGUGAAGAAGGGCCUCCCAGUCUGGAGUACAUCAAGGCCAAGGACCUGUUCCCCCAGAAGGAGCUGGUGAAGGAGGAUGAAAGCCUUCAGGUGCCAUUCGCAGUUCUUCAGGGGGAAGGGGUGGAAUAUCUUGGCUGUGCAGACGAAGCCAUCAUCGCCAUUUCUAACUACAGACUCCACAUCAAGUUCAAGGACUCUGUUAUCAACGUACCUCUCAGGCUGAUAGAGAACGUGGAGAGCAGAGAUAUGUUCCAGCUGCACAUCAUCUGCAAAGACUCCAAAGUUGUAAGAUGCCACUUUGCAACAUUCAAGCUGUGCCAGGAGUGGGUGAAGCGUCUGAACCGGGCCAUAGCUCACCCCGCCCGCCUGGAGGAUCUGUUCGCCCUCGCCUAUCACGCCUGGUGUCUGGGAGGCAACUCUGAUGAUGAAGACCAGCACGUCCAUCUCUGUCGCCCAGGGGAUAACGUGCGUCACAGAAUGGAAAUGGAGGUCAAGAGGAUGGGCUUCGACACGCAGAACGUCUGGAGAGUGUCAGACAUAAACUGCAACUUCAAGAUGUGCUCCAGCUACCCACAGAAGCUUCUGGUUCCAAUAUGGAUCACAGACAAGGAGCUGGAGAGUGUGGGCUCCUUCAGAUCCUGGAAGAGAAUCCCUGUGGUGGUCUACAGGCACCAGAAAAACGGGGCGGUGAUCUCCCGUUGCAGCCAGCCUGAGAUCAGCUGGUGGGGCUGGAGGAACACGGAUGAUGAGUACCUGGUGACAUCCAUCGCCAAGGCGUGUCAUUUGGACACUGGAGCAAAGGCCUGCAGACAUCGCGGGGACGCUCCAGACUCCUCCGAUAGUGAUUUUGACUCCUCUCUGACGGGCGGCUCUGGCUGCAGUGACAACACUGUGCCACAGAAGCUGCUGAUUCUGGACGCUCGCUCAUACACCGCCGCAGUGGCCAACAGAGCCAAGGGCGGAGGCUGUGAGUGUGAAGAGUACUACCCCAACUGUGAGGUGAUGUUCAUGGGAAUGGCAAACAUCCACGCCAUCCGGAACAGCUUCCAGGCUCUGAGGACCGUCUGCAGUCAGAUCCCUGAUCCAGGAAACUGGCUUUCGGCUCUUGAGAGCACACGUUGGCUGCAACACCUGUCCAUCAUGCUGAAGGCAGCCACUCUGGUGUGUUCGGCUGUGGAGAGGGAUGGACGUCCUGUCCUGGUGCACUGUUCGGACGGGUGGGACCGCACACCCCAGAUUGUAGCCCUCUCCAAGAUCCUUCUGGACCCCUACUACAGGACAAUAGAGGGUUUCCAGGUGCUUGUAGAGACUGAGUGGCUGGACUACGGUCAUAAGUUCGGGGACCGCUGCGGCCACCAGGAGAACGCAGAUGACGUGAGCGAGCAGUGUCCCGUCUUCCUGCAGUGGCUGGACUCUGUCCACCAGCUGCUCAAACAGUUCCCCUGCCUGUUCGAGUUCAACGAGGCCUUCCUGGUCAAGCUGGUGCAGCAUACAUACUCGUGUCUGUACGGAACCUUCCUGUGCAACAACGCUCGUGAGAGGGAGGCGAGGAAUAUCUACAAACGCACCUGCUCCGUCUGGUCCCUGCUUCGCAAUGGAAACAAGAACUUCCAGAACUUCCUCUACAUCCCAAGUCAUGAUAUGGUGCUGCAGCCAGUCUGCCACACACGAGCGUUGCAGCUGUGGACCGCCGUCUACCUGCCCACCUCCUCCCCCUGCACCGCUGUGGACGACUCCAUGGAGCUCUACCUCCCCCCGAGUGUCACCGGAGACGAACUCACCUCCCGCUCCCUGGACAGACUUCCUAAGACCCGCUCCAUGGACAACUUGCUUUCAGCUUUUGAGAACGGGGUGCCCCUGACUCGCACUUCCAGCGACCCAAAUCUCAAUAAGCACUGCCAGGAGGGUCGCUCUGCCCCCGAGCCCCCCCCGGCCUCAGAGGAAACCACUGCAGAGAUCUCUGACGAGGCCUCAGCUGACACUAUACUGGACAGCAGUGAGGGGCAACCUCCACUCCAGAGUCAUGCUAAGACCUCAGAGGGGGUCCCAGCUUCAGAAAGCUGUGAGGGCGCUACCGAGGAGCCAUGUCUCACCACGCAGCCCCUCCCCUCUCCGCCUCUCCCCCCGGUCCCUAUCAGUAAAGAAGUCGUGCUCGCAGACACUCCCUUCCCCUCACCUGUCCUUCAACAGGCUUUGCCUCAGAUCACUAACCCGCUACCCCCGCCUCCCCCGAUGGAGCCCGAGAGCCCCUGUAGGACUGUUGAGAGCCCCCCUUCACCCUCUCAUAAAUCUAAACCGUGCUUACCUCUCCCCUGCAACGGCACAGAGCCUCACGCCGCCGUACCCUCCUCGCUGCCUGACGACCACGCUAAGGGGCAUGGAGACGGCCUCUCAGAAUCUGCAGACCUGCUGCAUCUACAGCAGCUAGCAUCACUCCCCAUGGAGGACUCCACAGAGACUCUCACAGACGAGGGAGAGCUUCCCCCCACCCUGCCCCCCGCGGAGAGCAAGGGUCUCCCCCAGGAUACUUUUAACCACAAGGUGCAGAAUGAGGAGAAGCCCCAGAAGGAGCAAGAAGAAGUGAGGAUGGUUGAGGUUAGAGGAGCAGAGCGCGAGCUAACCGUUGCAGUGAGUCCUGUGGACUGCGCCCAGGCAGCCGCUCGUCACCUGAUCUCCCAGAGCCAGCUCUCAGACCUGUCGCUGCUGGGCUCCCACUGGGAGAGCGUGCAGGGCCUGGUGCAGUCGGCCUGCAGCAGCGCCUCUCACUCCGGGGUGGGCCGGGCCCUGCAGCAUAACGCUUACCAGAGCCGCCGGCUGGCCAGCAAGCUGCUGCGCUCCCAGGGCUUCGCCAUGGCCAACGGGUCCCCGUGCUGCCGCAGGGAGGCUCUGUGUCACCCCAGCCCCCCCCUGCCAACCGGGUGGCUGUCUGCUGCCAGGAGUGCGGGCUACAGCGGCCUCUACGCCCCCGCUGCCGCCGCCCUCAACAGCUACUCCCUGGCAGGCCAUCAGCUCCUGCCAGUGGCGUACUCCUCGCCCUCUGCUUCCAGCUCCCCCCCCCUGCCCCAGGCGCCGGCCUACCUGGACGACGACGGGCUGCCGGUACCCCUGGACGCCGUGCAGCAGAGGCUGCGGCAGAUAGAGGCGGGAUACAAGCAGGAGGUGGAGGUGCUGAGGCUGCAGGUGAGGCAGCUGCAGAUGAGGCUGGAGAGCAAACAGUACAGCACCCCCCCCUCGGAGCCAGACGUAGAUUACGAAGAUGACAUUACGUGUCUGCGGGAGUCCGACAACAGCAACGAGGAGGACUCGUUGUCAACACACAGCGAGGACCGCCUGUCUGAGGGCAGCUGGGACCGAGUGGACAGCAAGGACACAGAGGUCACGAGGUGGGUGCCCGACCACAUGGCCUCCCAUUGUUUCAACUGUGACUGCGAGUUUUGGAUAGCCAAGAGACGUCACCACUGCAGCUCUAACACAGAUCUAACUUCCUGGGUGCUCUCCCUCUUCAGGAACUGCGGCAAUGUGUUCUGUAAAGACUGCUGCCACCUGAAGCUGCCCAUCCCCGACCAGCAGCUGUAUGACCCGGUGUUGGUGUGCAACAUCUGCUACGACCUGCUCCUGGUGUGCCGCACCCGGGAGAUCCGCAGCCAGCAGCUGAAGAAGGCCAUCGCCACAGCCUCCAGCUGAGAGAAGCAUCGUUUAGCCUGGCCCGCCUCGGCUCUGUCCUGCUCCUUUUGGACUGAUGAGCUGAGCGCCCCGUUGUCACCGCAACCUGCCGUGGUUCUGGCUGCUGGGGGGAGGAUGUUGAGGAGGAACUGUUACUCUUUGAUAGGUUUGGGAGAAGAGAUGCACUAUGAGAUUGUCCUAAGAGGCGGAAGAAAGGAAAGGGGAAGUGUGAGAUGGAGGCGUGUCAGCAGGGGGAAACCCUUCUGAUCAGAGACAUUUUCAGGCCUGAGCCCUGCAGCGUCCAGCGGCCUCCACACGGCUCCGCUCCCUCCUGGAGCCCCGUACAAGGCUCUCCUCCCACCUGUCCACCCCCCUUUAGUACCAAACACCUGCACCCUCCUUACAGACACUGUCUCGCACUUCAGAGGACAAUCGCUCACCCUUCCUACGUGUCGGGGGACUCCGAAGCCUUUACCUGUACUACUGGAGGCUUUCAACUUUAAAAGAAAAUAAUUGCUGCUACAGUAUUUAAAAGUCUAAUUUUGUAUUCUUAUUUUUGUGCACUACUAGCUGUCGUGUGUUGGAGGGAAUUUGAGACCAAACUUGAGCAAAAGGGAGAAAUCUGCUGUUUACUUUGUCAUUGCAUCUUUUUUUCUUGGAGCUUGAAUGUAAUAUGUAACGGAUAACUGGAUCGAGUUUUUGUGCAUUGGUGGGUCGUAUUUGUGUUUCAUUGCUGCAAUGUGUUUUCAAGAUGAUGUAUAUGCACAGUCAAUGUGGUUCUGUCUUUAUCGAUGCUUUUCUCCAGUAUAGCCAUGUUGUGACAUUCUGAGGGAUGUGCGUGGACCGAGCGAUGCAGUGAUGCGUGUUUUGUUUGUUUAAUGGGACGUGUGCUUGAUGUGCUAAGAGGAAGAGAACACAAUAACGAUUGGAGACAGCAGAUUUCUGUAACGUCUUCUUCUGAUGUGGUGAAAUGGCAUUUGAAGGUACUGCAAUGUGACAGAGGGAAGGUUUUCCUGCUGAGGUGUUUGUGAAUGAAUUAGUAAUGUCCACAUGAAGCUUGACGUCCACCUGACUGAUGACUCCUCAGAGUGUUAACUGGCAGUAAAGACUGAACAAAGUGCUAGGAGUUUCUUGUUCUUUACAGGGGAGUUUGGCCACAGUCCCCUUUUAAAUAAUGUGUUUGUGUCUACUGUUUGUUGAGACAAUAGUGCCAUAUUUUAUUUUGUUUUGUUUAAAGCCUUUUUCUUUCCUAUGGAUGGCAGCAGGUUUCUAAUUGGCCACAUUUCUGUAUGUUUUAUUGGUACAGAUAGUUACCUACUUGAUAACACUGAGAAAGCAAAAUAUUAACAGAUGGUGCGCUUUGAUAAGAGGCUAACGUUUCAAUAGAUGAUGGGAUGUCACUGAACUACUUAACCUGUGAGGUUAUCCAUUGUCUAAUAUUUGAGGUUUUUUCCACACGGUGUUCAUGAAGUCGAAAUGUCUAAGAGGAAUUCAGAAAUGUAACAUACAUAGUUAUCUGAUCCGUAGUGGUGGCUCAAACCUGUCAGUUAAUGAAUAAUUGUUGUAAAGAAAUGCACUGUAAAAGAUAAAUCCCAUGGGUUAAAAUAAAAGAUUAUAUCAUG